GCAAAAACAACGCCGCACCUCCAACGAAGUCCAAUCAGCUGAUUGUGACAAAACAACACAGAGCUGUGCUAAGGGCGUAACCAUUUUGUCGAAAAAUUCUGUCCCACUGUGUAACGUCUGGCAGUAUGUUUUAAAUGGGCCACCUUGUAUAUGAUACACACGAUAUUUCAAGACUUACCUUGUUUAUGUUUUUAACAAUUCUGACGAAUAUGUCUGCAUCAUUACACAAGGUUUUUGUCUAUGGGACACUGAAAACGGGGGAACCCAAUCAUUACUGGUUCGACAAGGAUAAAGAAGGAUAUUACAAAUUCCUUUUCAACGCAAAAACAAAAGAAAAAUUUCCUUUGAUUAUAGCGACCGAAUUUAACAUACCAUUCCUUUUAUACAGUCCAGGAAGUGGACAAAAUGUUAUGGGCGAAGUUUACGAGGUGGAUGACAAAGUCUUGGCUAAAUUGGACAUACUAGAGGAGCAUCCCGAUUUUUAUGUAAGAGAAUUAUACGAUGUAGUACGUUCGGAUGGUGACAACGAAAUCGUAAAAGUGUGGAUUUACAUGAUAAAAAAGUUCAAACCAGAUUAUCUGACGCACACAACGUAUGAAAACUACAGUAGCCACGGAAGCCACGGACGACCAUACUCUACAAGAAAUUUUGUUCCAGUGACGCUUCAACAUUAGACGACCUUAACUGAACUGUCUUGGCUCUGCAAUAAAACUUUUACAACA